CCAAAAGAUAUCAUAUUACCAAAAAUAAUUCAUCAGAGAAACAUCGCCAGAGAGAUUUGUAGCAGAACACGUAGAAACACGCGAUUCCCCACGUGUUUCGUGUGACAAUGUCACCACCAUUUGUGUUGUUGCUGCUUCUUGUUGGAUUCUGUGCGGCCAAAGAUACAGCAGUUUUCUAUGGCGGAUGUUUGAGUUUUGCGACAUACCGGGAUCAUGCGGAUAACGACACUCUAAAGGUACAUUUAAAGCUUCUGACCGGGUGGAAGACAGGGAGAGGACCGUGUGGCGUUCACUGUCCACGAAACCGGACAAGGUCAAGCACACUGCAAUCAAGGAAAAGUAUGUUGCUUGCCAACGGUGAGGAGUACUUUGGUACUUGGGAAAUGGAAUGGAAAGACAAACAUGACGUUGCUCAUACCAAUGAUACAUCUCCGAUUGUCGCCGCCAACUUAACGGAAAAAGUGGAGAGCGUCAAUCCAAUGGCAGAAUGGGAACUCGACACUGCGGAUAUUUUUAUUCCAAUUCCUGAAGAAAUUCAAUACGUAGACAUCAUAUAUAAAGGACACUCUUGGUCGGAGUUGACCUUAAACAAACCACCAACACAACCACCAAAAUGGCAUAUGCAGGUGAAAGUCAAUUCACACAGUCGAAGUGACACUAUGCACCCAAACAGGAGCCCAGUCGUUCAGAUGAAACCUUUCUUCAAACUCGGAAUGAACAGAACAUACAAUAUACAUCUUACUGCUAUUGACGAGGAUGAUGACGCAAUUUACUGUCGGUUUUCCCGAUACGUCGAAGCAGGAGCAGCCAUUUCUUUCCAUACACUCCCAAACACGGUGGUCGACAAGGAAAGCUGUUCCAUAAGUGUGGAUACAAGCGACAGUGGGGUAUAUAUGGAGAAUUCUACCGGAGUUAUAGCAAUUACCGUUAUCGACUACCCGUCCCAUUUAAUAGCACUAGACGGAGAAAAUGAUUUAAAAACGCCAUAUAAACACGUGUUAAGCGCAGUCACUGUUCAGUUUUUUGUAUUCAUCGUGGAGCAUGCUGACGAACCAAUCUUUGUUGACCCAACUCCAUCCAACAGACAGACAUUUGUUAUCUAUGUGGGGGUCGAAUUCACUGUUGAUUAUUACGCAAGACCAACGUCACCUGAUCCUGCUAGGAAAAUUGUACUAUUUGAUAUUACAAGAACUCGAGGAAAAAUAGCAAACUAUUCGGAAAUAACUUACCAGGAAAGAGGACGAAAAGCCAAAAUUACUGUGUCUCUAGUUGUUACAGGAGAGGAUUUAGGAAAGGAUAUUCUAUGUGCAAGAGCCGAGGAUAACGAAGGACAGGAAUCUGUGAAUAUGCACUGUUUUCCAAUCACCAUCAAACCAUAUUCACGGACACCCCAAAGAACAUUCAAGGAUGUGCCUUUCUUUGUUUACUUUCCGGAGCCUGGAAUGAUCGUCUGCCCUGUGGAUUCUUAUUGUAUAUUUCCAAUAUAUGCAGCUUCUACAUUGAAUGGAGGAAUCGCCAAUAUUACAAUAUCAUCUACGGAGGCGCUAUCUGCGGUUGUUGUUGGUGGACUAAGACAAGUUAACGACUCAGAAACAAAGAUGAUCCAAGUUAAACUGAAGGAACAUUUGGGUGGACAUCGAAGGAUCUGUUUUGAGGCAGCAGAUUUGGGGUCAACAAAUACAAGAUGUCUUCUAGUCAAUAUCCAGAGAAAAGAUCCGUGUGCCUCCAUUCCUUGUUUAUCCAAUGGGAAUUGUAUUGCUUCUGUUGAUCGGCAAAAUUUUUUCUGCCACUGUCGACCUGGAUAUACUGGGAGAACCUGCGAACAAGCUCCGCCAUCCCCAUGCUUAACACAGCCAUGUCAUAACGGAGGAAGGUGUUUUCCCGUUCAUGGUUCAUUCUUUUGUUUAUGCUCUGGAAUGUAUACAGGAACUGUGUGUGAUUCUAAAACUGACCCGUGUGUUCCUGAUCCGUGUAAUGAACAUUCUGUGUGUGUUGGAGGGGACGAUGGAUCAACAAGUUGUGUGUGUACAGACGGUUACACAGGCCCGGGCUGUAACGAAAGUAGUUCAAUUCAACCUUCUUCAUGCAUCGACGGAAGUCCGGACGAUUGCGCCGACCCUGCUGCGCUGAUGAACGUUUGUAGCGAUCCUUCUACAGCAAUGUUCUGUGAAAAGUCUUGCGGACUUUGUGAGUGUAAAAACAACACCUGUUCAAACGAUAGUAUAUGCAAUGCACACACCAGACCUGUCACAUGUUUAUGCGAAAUCGGGUUUAGGGGUAAAAAAUGUGAAAAUUCUAGGACUUUUCAAAAGAUUUCAUUUACUUCUCCUACUCCAGAAAUAGGAAGCAUCCUAACAUGUGAUGUACAAUUGUUUAGAUCUACCAAAUCGUUGUGCCGAAUUGAUGCAUAUUUACACGCUAGUGGUAUGCCGAGCCUUUCUGUCGUUGCUGAUAAGCCGGAUUUACAAGCAAAAAUUGUGAACGUAGCCAAUACCACAUUAGCAGGAUUAAGAGAUGUUUAUGUAGUGGAAGUUGAACUAGAUAGACAGACCAACUUGGAUGCCAGUGGAUAUUACACUGUUUGUUUAAACGCAAGCUUGAAAUUGGAAAAUACAUAUCGCUGUUUUACAGUUAUUUUCAAAAAUUUACUAGCUUAUCCCAAAAUGAGAUACAACCAAGAAACUGUCUUCCUACCGCCUACUCCAGAGAAACACACACAAUUUAUGUGUGAGCAAGGGAAAGAAUGUCAUAUCAUUGUGUACACUACAGUUAAUGACACCGCCCCAUCAAAAUGUCAACAGGUGCUCGUGAUAAAUGCAUUAGGAGCCAUUACUUUCACGCCUCGACUUGGUAAAGGCAAAUGUAUUACAGAUGUAUCUAUAACAAAUACUAGUUCUGAAGGGAUGCACAACCUAUGUAUAAAAUCCUGGGCUCAUGGUGAAUCCAGAUGUUAUUAUGUCGACAUUGUGCGGAACUUCAAAGAUGAUUGUAAUACAAACCCCUGUUCAAACGGAGGACUCUGUACGACCAGCAUCAACAGUACACUAACGUUUUCAUGCUUAUGUCCUCAUGGAUACAGUGGUAAAACUUGCGCAGAAGGAGCAUGUCCUGUCAGUUCUGUAUGCAGAAAUGGUGCAUAUUGUCAUACAAACGGAACUAGCGAAAUAUGUGUCUGCAGAAUUGGAUAUUGGGGAACAAAAUGUGAAAUCGAAUCAGGGAAAAGCUCAUUGAAUGGGCAAUCAAUCGAUCAGGCAACGUUUACUGAUUUGGCCCUUCCAGUAAAUGUUACGUGUUAUGUACAAACUUUAUGUUAUAUUGUAUUUGCCGUAACAGGCUCAUCGGGUCAAAGCCCACAUUUACAACAAGGGCAUGUAUCAGAUGGAAUAAAGAUAGAGACAAUCGGUGUAGAGAAACAUUGGGCUUCUGGUUCUACUUACAAAGUCGUGAUUGGUUUGAAAGGAGACAAUGGUGGAGAUAAACGUGUCUGUGUCCAAGUGACCAACAAUAGCAGGAUUCAAGAAACGUGUGUGAAUGUGAUCAUGAUUGAAAACAAGAGUAUCUUUCCUGUUUCAAAGACUGAACCAUAUUUUGUCCAACCAACUCUACCAAACAACACAGAAUUAAAAUGUGCUACCCACCAUCCUUGUCAUAUUCCACUUUGGACAUCAAAUGUGAUAGGAAAUUAUCAUUGUCCGUAUGUAACAGCUGAUAACACAGAGGAGGAUGGAUUAUACGUGUUUAACGUAACCGGACAUUCCAACCAAUGUGAAGUUGAUGCUAGCAUAUUUUCGCAUCAGGAAGAGAGCUAUCGAAUUUGCUUUACAGCUUGGACAGAGGAGCUAAUCCGUACUAGACGGAAAGGAGAACGACGAUGCUUCCAAAUUGCAUUUGUGUCGUCAUUGGCAGCAAGUCCAUGCAGCGGUAGAGUUUGUCAAAAUGGCGGCUUUUGUGACAGCAGUUCGAAUUCGGCAAAUUGUAUUUGUCCUAUAGGAUUUUCCGGAAAUAACUGUGAGAUAUCACCAGGGAAUACGCAGAGCAUAUCAAAAACCCCGGUAUUGAGUGACCUGGCGAUUCCGAAGAGAUUUUCUUGUAAAGUAUCUCAAAUGUGUGACAUACCAUUCAGCAUACGUCAGACGACUGAAAGACCAGAAUUCCAUCUAUCCAGCCGUGAAGAUCUUGCUGUAUAUGGUCCAUUCAUACAGAAAGACCUGACGUUUUCUAACACAUCAGUUGGUUACUUCCGAGUACUUCCACUGACGCCAGGAAAUCAUACCGCUUGUCUUAAACUCCAGGUCUCGGACAGAAAUGAAGAGGACACAUUCUGUGUAAUUGUUGAAUCUCAACAAGAUGGUACUAAUGGCCAGAGAAUCAACCAAAACACGCCUCAUUUCAUCUUACCCACCCUGCCUGAUGGCUCGGAAAUGGUGUGUUUACCAGGCACAACUUGCCAUUGUCCCUUGUACAUAUCAAAUGGAAUACAAGACGGCUGUUCUAGUGUUACAGUGAUUGGGAAUUCAACUUUUCUUCACAUUUUCCCUCCAACGACCAUUGACGCAGAGAAUUGCAUAGUGGAUGUUGCAAUCUCCUCACCAUUGAAUCAAACAGAAAGAGAUUACAUGUGUUUUGACCUUUCAACUGCAACGAUUCCAGGAGAAAGGAGGUGUUUUACAAUUAGUUAUGAACAAGUAUCUGGAUCGCAGAUGACGCUACCAUGCGAGAAGUCUUGCGGAUCAGGAUCUAAUGGACCCACACAGUGCACGUGCACCGUCUUAUCUUCUGCAGAUGGUUGCUCUAGUAAGGAGGCUCUCGUCCGUAUCGCCUUCCCAUAGAUAGUACCUGUAAAAUCAAAGGACGGACACUGACAAUUUUUUUUCUUCUACCUUCUUAGUAUAUAGUCAGAGAAAAUAAAAGCCAUGUAUGCAUUAAAUGAU